AAUGAAUAGGCCUUCAAUUUAUUCAUUCGACGCAAAAACAUCUGAAAAGUUUUACUAAAAAAAAAAUUGAAUUCGCAAGGUUUUGAUUAUUUAUCUGUGGUGUAGUUUCAUCAUUUCCUAACCAGAACAAUUGUCAGCAUAAAGCACAACAAGAGCAUGUAUGUGGUACAAAAGUCUGAAUGCGAAGUAGAUAACAUUAAAAGUAAUAAAGUAAAACCUAAUUGGAAAAGGAAAUUGCACUUAGUAAUGGAUUUUUUAGAGGAUAACUUUCAAAUAAUGGCUGUGGUGGUGACAGCCGAAAUUAUCAGACGUAUUUACCGCAUUUUCUAUGAAUAUUUGAUAUAUUCCAACUACUAUGAACCCGACAAUAAAUUACUGACAAUUAUAAAAAGAUCUUUUGGCAUGAAUUUGGCUGCAUCUAUUGGCUUUAUUGUAUUUUUAUUUGUGGCAUUUGUAUGUGUGGUUAGCCGUGGUAGCCGGCCGCCAGCCUAUUACUUUGCAUUCAUGCCGCUUUAUUGGUUAGUUAUGGGUCUAGCUAUGGGUAAUUCUCAUUUAAACUAUGCCGAUUGGAUUCGACAGCCACAUGGUUUGGAUUAUGCUGAAGGUAUGGCUUCAAAUUACUUUCACGGCUAUCUGAAAUUGGUACUGCCAACACAUGAUGGUGAUACUGGUCUCAGGGAACGUAUGACCUUAUAUGAGAAUCAACAUAAAGUUAAAUUUGCAGUAAAACGUCUGUUUAUUAUGAUACCAAAUACAAUGUUUAUAAACUCAAAAAUUGAUAGCAAAAUAUUGCAUAGAGAUGGAGUAAUGCCUUUAGAAACUAUUGUUAAGAAUCGUGCCGGUGUUGCAAGGCCUUUUAAAAAUGAUGUUUAUCGUUUUAACAUACCUAUAAAUGGCACCUACUACUAUGUUGCUAUGGAAGGAGCUACCCCAAUGUUGUCGUUUUUUGAAGCCUUAAGUUUUCAACCGUCUACGACUUGGCAAAUGAAGGAGAUGAAAAGAGAAAUUCUUUUAAAAUUCUAUAAACAUUUAAAUUAUUUAUUAAAUAAAUGGCCGGAAACACAGGGAAAAGCAGAACUGGUUCUCUACAACAGUUACAAAUCUGACGGUCGUCCCCAAGAUGUGGGUGAAGUUUUACUAAGCCACAUUACCAAUAUGUGGAAUGAAGGGGAAUCUUAAAAUGCUGUUUAAGAAAUCACUUAUAUAGCUCUCUAUAUAAAGAUGCAAUGAAAAAGGUGAUUUCAAUUUAUCUCUUUCUCGCUAUAUUAAAGAUCUGUAAAUAUUGACUUUAUGCUUCCAAAUUUUUUACUUUUUUUUAAUUUGUAAUUUUCUAAAUUAAUUUUUUAAGUAUUGAAAGUAAUGCUAAAUUAUUGAAUUCUAUUUUAAUUUAUUUUUUAAGUUUUAAAAGUGAAGUUACCUUUUUUCUUGUAUCAAGCUUUGACCAAAAAAACAGUAAAAUCUUGAUUAUAUUCAAAAUUAUAUGUCCUAACAAAAAUUAUUCAAAUGUUAAAACCUGUUUGUACAUUAUAACAUGAAUAACAAAAAUUCAGUACAAUUUUGAAAAAUUUAAAAAAUUUUGAGAAAUUUCGAAAUUUUGGUUUUUCUGAUUUUCACAUUAAAACGCAUCGUUUGAAUGGUGUUUCCUAGAAAUUGCCAUGGUAUAGUUUAAUGUACAUACAGAGCUUGAAAUUAAUUAACUCAAUUUAAGCUUAAUUCUCUAAAAUCUUAAUUCAUAAUUAAAAAUUUCAUCAAUUCACUCCAUUAUAACAAAUUUCUCAACAAAAAAUGUCUUAAGACUUUUUUUGUAAUGGUUUUAUUAAAGAAAACUAGUGAUUCAAUAAGGAAUUAAUUCUCAAAGGAAUGAAUAAGGAAUUCUCAAAAGAAUGAAUUCAAUACGUUUGAAGUACUAAGGAAUUAUGCCUAGGUAUUAAUACGUAAUGAAUUCUUUAAUGGAAUGAUUUAGAGAAAAAAUUAAUUUGAUUUUUAAAUUUAAUUAAGAAUUAAUUCUUUCGAAACUGCGUUCAUAUGUAUUUAUGUAUAUUCUUUAAAUGUACACACUUUUUGCAAUGUUUUAAUAAAUCUUUAAUUAUUUUUU